AUGGGAAUGUGGGCCCGCCGUUACCAGUCCGGUUCGCUUUAUGUGCAUAUCGAAGAUGGAUGGCGGGUGUUCGCGGCUCGACUCCGCGGGGAGGGGGAUAUGAAUGCCGCCCCCCGUCUCAACCCUCCGCCGCCGUGCCGUAAUGGCCGCGACCACGCAGCCCCGUCAGACGACAAAAAUGCCAUAAUAAUGGCCCCUGAAUACUUUUUGCUGCACCGCUCCAAAUACCCACUCCGGAUCCAUUCCCAUCGGCGGCUUAUUGAAGGGGUGCCGAGCUUGGCGACACCUGUAUACGUUAUUGUGCCACAUAAAUUCUCCGUCCGCGAUUCACUCGCGCUGCAGCAUCGUCCAUGGUUUAUUGAACUCUGUAUCAAGAUAAGGCGUGUAUUCCACAUAAUAGCAGUGAAAAUAUCCUUCAUUUUUCUUCGUUUGCAUUUCCUGCAAGCGAGACAUCGUGAGCGAGCGCUCGGCGGCUCAUAA